UUCAUUGAUGAAAGUUAUGUUGCGAUUGCUUCCUUUACAGAAAAACAGUGUCCUUUUUAUUCGCCACCCCAAGGUGGUGCCCUGGUCUGCACUAAUCCAAACAACACUAAUAAAAUUUGUGCAGUUAUGUGUCGUACUGGCACCGACUUCAACUUUGACCCGCCUUUGCUCUACUAUUGUUCGGCUGGAGAUUGGAGUUACUUUUCGGUGCUCUCUUAUGUUUCAACUUUACCCUGGCCAAACUGUUCUGGUAAGUGCUCUUAAUAACCUCGAGUGCUUUGGUUAUAUUUUUAAGGUUCAUUAAUUAUUUAGAAGGCUAUUAGCCAAUAGGGGUUCCCCAUUUUGAUCAGAUGCACAUAUCUUGAUAUCGUGAAAAGAUACGUCCGAUUUACUUAACUGAUAAAGAAACCGUGAAUCAACUAAGUUGAAUUUUUUAAGAGAAAAACCUUCAUCAAAUUUAUUUUGAGAAUUUCAAUUCUAGAAAAUUUGUAGUAAACAGCUUUGCUCAAACACAAAUUGUUUACCGAACAACGCAUUCAACAAGUAGGACCGGAUGAAAACCAGCACUCGCGUGUUUUUUUUAUAAAUCUGAGUGGGUCCAUCUCUUCAUCGUACGAUCCUAUACUGUGUCAGCAACAAAAACAGUUUACCUUUUUGAGUGACAGUUAUACAUAUGUAUAUUAUUCGUGAUAAUGUAAUAAGACACUGUAACUGACAAAUUGAACUAACCAGUAAGAUCAUAUAAAAGCCAGGAUGACGCUCAAUUAAAACAAUGCUUGAUUUGAAUGAUCAACUGGAUCCGCAUAAUAUAAGGAUUUUCUCAUUGUUUUUCCUUGUUUUUCUCUUAAUGCAGCUGGGGUGAAUCCUUCAUCGAUAAAGUUGUCAAACCUGCAAUAUCAUUACUAUGAUGGAGAUGCGCAUAAUUCCAACGUCCAGGCCACCAUCAAAGAAAAAUUCUACCAGUUGUUAACGUCUCAGUUUGUUCCUCCUUUCUUUUGCCCGAGUCCCCUAAAUUUAUGCCUGAAAGAUGAAAUGUUAGUUUAUCCUGGGAUCAACGGUAAAUCACAAACUAAAGCCUGCAUGGAUUAAUAUUCAUUUGUUUAAAUUAAAAUUGGCCUGACUAGCCUCGCUAGAGAUAAUGUUUCUUUUGAAUUUUGUACUGGAGAACGAGGCUAGUCAGGCUAAUUUUAAUUUAAACAAAAGAAUAUUAAUCUAGCAGCCAUUUUUGCAUUGUUGCUAUAUGGUCAGCUUUAGGCGAAUCCUUGAUUACAUUUUGCUUCAUUACCAUGUGUUCAUCAUUAUCUGAUAAAGCUAAAAAAAUAACAUUUUUACUGGGCUGGCCGAAGGCUGGCCCAGUUUAUAACAUACCUUCGAUUUUUUUCUCCGGAGCGGUAUUUCUAGCAAUUCGUUGUGGGGGUGUGCCGUCCAACUCUUCAAAUCCUGACCCUAGACCCUAUUUUAGACCAAACUGAACGCUAUCAUAUUAUUAACUGACAAAUCCGACGGGUAUCCGAGGUGGGGGGUGUGUUUUCCGGCUCUCCAAAUCCUGACCCUUGACCUUAUUUCAGAUCAAUACCUAUAAGGCAAAUAAGAGAGUACUCCCCUAGGGAUUUUCGUUGUUAUGGUGAUAAACGCUAUAAAAAUUAACUUGGUAACAAUAAAUCAUGCUAAGCAAAGGCGGUCAUCAUAAAAAUGAAGAUGUGUUUGAAGCUAGCGUACUAAGCUUUUUCAUCGUCUCAAUCAAAAGAUGCCAUGAUGAGUACCUUUUGUGGUUUUUCUUCACUUUUUGUUAAAGUUUAAACCUUUUGACGAGUUUAUUCCCUUCCAAAACGUGAUUGCAAAUCUGUCUGCGGUGUGUAGCUACAGUGCGUGUGUGUACAUCCAUUGACUAAAGACGUCUCUACAGCUAUCAAUGGCACUUUUUUCGGUUUAAAAUGUGACGGCUAAUGUCGAUUCUUACAGGAAAGGAAUGUGCUCAUUGUAGAUCACCACGUCAAAAAAAUGUAUAUAUUGGAAUUUCCGGUUAGGUCAAAUAAGUCACGUUAUAGCGGGGCUCCUACGCGCGCCAAGCGUGCGUGGGACAGAACCCCAUACUCACAGAAUAUGGUCAACCUCUUUUCGUUCGGUUUUCACGUGAUUGACCGAGCGUACGUACGCGUCUACAGAUUGUAUGGGUAGGGUAGGGGAGACUAUCAAAAGGAAGGGAGGGGUGUCUCAGGCGUGUCUUGACAAAUCCACAUCUUUUAUAUUGGACAUUCACAAUAUGAUCAAUUGAUAGCUGUCAAAACAGGAUAGCCACUGACCAGUAUCAUAUGACCAUAUCGCGGGCUCAUGUGUCAACUCAUUGAGGUGACAUGAUUUGAUUUAAUAGGUACUUCAUGUAUGGGGACAUGUAUUGUACCGAUUUUACUUACUUAACUUAUAUUGUACCGCUUUUACCUACUUAACUUAUACCUUCACUCUUUCUGCUUGGUUCCUUGUUGCCUUGAAGCUUUGUUCUCUGUUAACUUGUUGCUCUGUUUCCUUGUUUCCUAGUUACUCUGUUUCCUUGUUACCGUGUUACUCUGUUACCUUGUUGCCUUGUUACUCUGUUACCUUGUUACCUUGUUUCCUUGUUACCUCUGUUUCCUUGUUACUCUGUUACUCUGUUACUCUGUUACUCUGUUACCUUGUUACUCUGUUAUCUUUUUACUCUGUUACCUUGUUACAAUGUUACCUUGUUACCCUGUUACUCUGUUACCUUGUUACCCUGUUACCCUGUUACCUUGUUACCCUGUUACCUUGUUACCUUGUUACUCUGUUACUUUGUUACCUUGUUACCUUGUUACUCUGUUAUCUUGUUACCUUGUUACCCUGUUACUCUGUUACCUUGUUACCUUGUUACUCUGUUACCUUGUUACCUUGUUUCCUUGUUACCUCUGUUUCCUUGUUACCUUGUUACUCUGUUACCCUGUUACUCUGUUACCUUGUUACCCUGUUACCUUUUUACUCUGUUACCUUGUUACCCUGUUACUCUGUUACCUUUUUACCCUGUUACCUUGUUAUUCUGUUACCUUGUUACAUGUUACUCUGUUACUUUGUUACCUUGUUACCUUGUUACUCUGUUACUUGUUACCCUUGUUACCCGGUUACCUUGUUACCUCUGUUUCCUUGUUACCUUGUUACUCUGUUACCUUGUUACCCUGUUACCUUGUUACUCUGUUACCAUGUUACUCUGUUACUCUGUUACCUUGUUACCUUGCUACCUUGUUACUCCGUUACCUUGUUACCUUGUUACUCUGUUACCUUGUUACCUUGUUACUCUGUUACCUUGUUACCGUGUUACUCUAUUACCUUGUUUUUCUGUUACUCUGUUGCUUUGUUACCUUGUUACUCUGUUACCUUGUUACCUUGUUAUUCUGUUACCUUGUUACCUUGUUACCUUGUUACUCUGUUACCAUGUUACUCUGUUACCUUGUUUAUCUGUUACCUUGUUACCUCGUUACUCUGUUACUCUGUUACUUUGUUACCUUGUUACUCUGUUACCUUGUUACACUGUUACCCUGUUACUCUGUUACCUUGUUACCUUGUUACUCUGUUACCUUGUUACCCUCUUACCUUGUUACUCUGUUACCAUGUUACUCUGUUACCUUGUUUAUCUGUUACCUUGUUACCUUGUUUCCUUGUUACUCCGUUACCUUGUCACCUUUUUACUCUGUUACUUUGUUACCGUGUUACUCUGUUACCUUGUUACCUUGUUACCUUGUUACUCUGUUAUCUUGUUACCCUGUUACCUUGUUACUCUGUUACCUUGUUACUCUGUUACCUUGUUACCCUGUUACCCUGUUACCCUGUUACCCUGUUACCUUGUUACUCUGUUACCAUGUUACUCUGUUACUCUGUUACCUUGUUACUCUUUUACUUUGUUACCUUGUUACUCUGUUACGUUGUCACUCUGUUACUGUGUUACCUUGUUACUCUGUUACCUUGUUACUGUGUUACUCUGUUAACUUGUUAUCUUGUUACUUUGUUACCUUGUUACUCUGUUUCCUUGUUACCUUGUUACCUUGUUACUCUGUUACCUCGUUACCCUGUUACCUUGUUACUCUGUUAUCUUGUUACUCUGUUACCUUCUAACCUUGUUACUCUCUUCCCUUGUUACCUUGUUACUCUGUUAUCUUGUUACCUUGUUCUCUUGUUACUUUGUUCCCUUGUUCCCUUUUUACUGUUACCUUGUUACCUUGUUACUCUGUUAGCUUGUUUCCUUGUUACAUUGUUACUCUGUUACCUUGUUACUCUGUUACCUGUUACUUUGUUACUCUGUUACCUGAUUACUCUGUUACCCUCUAACCUUGUUACUCUCUUACCUUGUUACCUUAUUACUCUGUCACCUGUUACCUUGUUGCUCUGUCACCUGUUACCUUGUCACUCUGUUACUUUGUUACCUUGUUACUCUGUUACCUUGUUACUCUGUUACCUUAUUACUCUGUUACCUUCUAUCCUUGUUACUAUGUUACCUUGUUACCUUGUUACUCUGUUACCCUGUUGUCUAAAUUUUAGUUUAUUUUUGUAUGACAAGUCGCAAUUGGUUUUUCCCGAUUGGACGCGUUUUUUUGGAGUAUGGUCGUUGUUGAAUGGUUUGCAUUACAAUUCGUUUUUCGUUUAUGGUAAUUAGCAGCAAUCAGCUUUAUUUGGUACAUUUUUUCUCUUUGACGGAAAUCAAACAAAAGUUUCCUUUUCUGAGAACAGUGCUUGGACAAUGACGAAGGCUUUGUGUCUCAAUGCUAUAGUAACUGAAGCCUUUUAUACUUUCUUUUGGCUUUUAUACUAUUAUCAUGAUUUUCCAAAAAAUGUAAGCGAAAUUUCUUAAGGCGCCCUUGUAAAACGACUUAACAACGCGGCAGGGUGCUACAACGGGUAUAACGUUUGGAUACUUUUAAUCAAUACCACACAAGUGAGGCUGAAGUUUUAUUGCAUUCGUUUUUGAAUCAUACCUUAUCUGUUAUCGAGACAAUCGUUGACAAUCGCACAACACGAGGAAAUUGCUUGGUGUGUGAAAAGAUUGAGUAACAAAUAUGGCAAAAAUUUCAAAAAUAACAAAUUUAACAAAAUUCAAGACUUAGAAAGAAGAAAGGCCUAGAAGGACUUCGAGAAGUCCGCAAAUUUCGCAAAGAUCGCAAAAUUAACAAGAAUUUUUCUUGCUAUGUGAAAAGAUUAAGACAAUGGAGGGCCACGAGAAGGCCUCAAAUUUUGCCAUAAAUCGAAAAAAAAAAAGAAUUUGUGAAAAGAAUUCACCUUCUUGGCCUAGAAUUUAUUUUAUUUUUUUAUUCUUGCUUUUGCGAUAUUUCAAGUACUCAAUCUCUUCACAUAGCAAGAAAAAUCAUUGUUAGUUUUGCGAUUUUUGCAAGAUUUGAGGGCUCUUGGAGGCUCUUCUUGGCCAUUUUUCUUUCUAAGUCUAGAAUUUUUUAAAUUUGUCAUUUUUGCUAUUUUUGCGAUAUGUCUUACCUUUUCAGUGUUUUUAGGUAGCAGGUAGUCUAGAAUUUUGUUUUAUUGGUUUUUCUACUCUUGCGAUAUAUGCAAGUGAUUGUCUCACAAAAUUUUCGGUGAAUUAUUUUCUUUGCGAAAAUUGCGAAGAGAAUUUGCUAACAAGAUCGUUCCUAGACAUAUAUAUCGCAUUUUUUUUUCUUUUACAGUUCUUUACGCACUGCCACGCCAUACCAUACAAACCGUCAAACAAGGCCGCGGGGGAAGUUAAACAUUACCACAAUCUGGUACUGACUGAUCUCGGCGUCCUAGGCAUCUCAAUAGCAAGUGCGCUUUAACUCUGACAAGUGUGCAUGUGACGUAUUACGUCUACACACAUUCCUAGAUACCUUGAGGUAAUAGGUAACAGAGUAACAAGGUAACGAAGCAAAGAGGUAACAGACUAACGAGGUAAAACGAAGGUAACAAGGAAACAGAGUAAAAAGGUAACAGACUAACAGAUUAACAAAGUAACAAGAGAACAAGGUACCAGAGUAACACGGUAACAAGGUAACAGAGUAACACGGUAACAAGGUAACAGAGUAGCAAGGUAACAAGGGAAUAGAGUAACAAGGUAACACGGUAACAGAGUAACAAGGUAACACGGUAACAUAGUAACAAGGUAACAAGGGAACAGAGUAACAAGGUAACAGACUAACAGAUUAACAAAGUAACGAGGUAACACGGUAACAAGGUAACAGAGUAACAAGGUAACAGGGUAAAAAUGUAACAGAGUAACAACGUAACAAGGUAACAGAGUAACAGGGUAACAGAGUAACAAAGUAACAGAGAAAUACGGUAACAGGGGAAAAAGGAAACAGAGUAACAAGGUAACAGAUUAAUAAGGUAACAGAGCAACAAGGUAACAGGGAAACAAGGUAACAGGGUAACAAGGUAACAGGGUAACAAGGUAACAGGGUAACAAGGUAACAUGGUAACAAGGUAACAGGGUAACCGGGUAACAAGGUAAAAAGUAACAGAGUAACCAGGUAACAAAGUAACAAGGUAAUAAGGUAACAAGGUAACAGAGUAACAAGGUAACAAGGUAACAGAGUAACAAGGUAACAGAGUAACAAGGUAACAAGACAGAGUAACAAGGAAACAAGGAAACAGAGUAACAAGGUAACAAGGCAACAAGGAAACAGAGUAACAAGGAAACAAGGAAACAGAGUAAGAAGGUAACAAGGUAACAGAAUAACAAGGUAACAAGGUAAGAGAGUAACAAGGUAACAAGGUAACAGAGUAGCAAGGUAACAAGGUAACAGAGUAACACGGUAACAAGGAAACAGAGUAACUAGGAAACAAGGAGACAAAGCAACAAGUUAACAGAGAACAAAGCUUCAAGGCAACAAGGAACCAAGCAGAAGGAGUGAAGGUAUAAGUAAAGUAGGUAAAAGCAGUACAAUACAUGUCCCCAUACAUGAAGUACCUACCGUGAUUUACAAGCUGUUCGCUGACCAGUUCAUUGAUUUACUAGAUCGCGAUCAAUGGUCAAUCUCAUACUUUCUAGCUAGUUUAGGAGCACAGGAAAACUGAUAAUGCACACAUAUUGGACAUCAAUUACAACUUGUCUCUUAUACAUUGUCAAUGAAAUACUGGUUUUACUAGUCUAUACUAGAAAUGCUAUGAAUGCCGGGUACUGGGUACUUUCCGAAAAUCGCAAAAAUUAAUUCUCAGCAAGAAAAACCAAUCUAUCCUUACCGUAAAAAUUAGUUCCCGCAAAACACAAAAAUCACCAAUCCGCAAAAAUAAACUCCCGCAAAAAUUUCGGGCCACACGGUAAUUCAAACAGCUACAUCAAUGUAUAAAAAUCAUUAUUAACUUAUCUCCCCGCCUUUUUUGUGUUGAAUCCCCACAAAAGCAGUACAUCGAUUUAAUAAUAAUAAUAAUAAAAUAUUUAUAUAGCGCUUUUAAGUUCUAAGCAUUUAAGUGAGAUAGUUCAUGAAAGCUGUGGUCAUUGUGACUAGUGUACCCUUCAAUUUAUCAAAGUUUUUUUUACCUCCUAAAUCGAGGUUAAAAACCCAGGUUUCCAGACCCAGAAAAAGUGUCCCUUUCCCCUGAUUAGAGGUGUCCCUUCAAUAGCGGUAACAGAUACAAAGAUUAUGUGAGCAUUUUUCUCCGGAACCAAAUUUUGUGUCCCCUGAAUGGAGGUGUCUCUUAAAUAAAGGUGUCCCAAGGGAAAGGGUCCACUGUAACAGGUUGCUGUAUUUGUUCUUUGUAGAGGGGUCAAACUGUCCAGCCGGAUGGGUUAAUAAUGGAUCCUCGUGUUAUUACGUCAAAGAUACCCCGACAUUGAAACAGAGCGAUGCUCGCCAACACUGUCAAAAUCUGGGGGGAGAUCUGGCCAUAAUCAAGUCAGAAAAUCAAAACAACUUCAUUUUCAGCUUGAUACAAAGCCAAAAUACAUUCACAAAAUGGGGUGCAUGGAUCGGAAUCCAACGAAGAAAGGCCGACGGAAAAUUCUAUUGGAUUGACAACACUCCAGCAGAUGGAAGCUACUCGAUCUGGGCUGGCGGAGAACCAAAUAAUGCCGGCGGUUCCGAAAAUUGUGUCCAAAUGUAUGGGAACCACCGAUUGGGGAAAAAGUGGAAUGACUUCUCCUGCGAACUGGGAAGUCAUGUAACUGAUGCCCCGGUGAUACUGUGUCAGAAGACACUAGUUUGA